UCAAAUAUCUGGAUUUCCUGACUAUGUUAAAAUUGUAGAAGUUGGGCCAAGAGACGGAUUACAAAAUGAAAAGGUUACAGUUCCCACAGAUAUCAAAAUUGAUUUAAUCAACCGACUUUCCAAAGCAGGCUUGUCUGUAAUAGAAGCAACCAGUUUUGUUUCAUCAAAGUGGGUACCUCAGAUGGCAGAUCACACAGAAGUAAUGAGAAGGAUCGAGCGGCAUCCUGGGGUCCAAUAUCCUGUACUCACACCUAAUCUUCAAGGUUUUCAUUCUGCUAUUGCAGCAGGAGCUACAGAGGUAUCAGUAUUUGGUGCAGCAUCUGAAUCUUUCAACAAAAUGAAUAUUAAUUGUUCUAUAGAAGAAAGCAUAGAAAAAUUUGAAGAAGUUACUAAAUCAGCACGAAAUAUGAAUAUUCCAGUGCGAGGGUAUGUAUCUUGUGCACUGGGAUGCCCGUAUGAAGGAAACAUCAUACCAGCUAAAGUGGCAGAAGUGUCUAAACAGCUGUAUAGCAUGGGCUGCUAUGAGAUCUCUCUGGGGGACACAAUUGGUGUGGGGACCCCCGGCAGCAUGAAGAGAAUGUUGGAAGCUGUUAUGAAGGAAAUCCCAGUGAGUGCUCUUGCUGUUCACUGCCAUGACACGUAUGGCCAGGCUUUAGCCAAUAUCCUCACAGCCUUACAGAUGGGAGUUGCUGUUGUGGACUCUGCUGUUGCUGGAUUAGGUGGCUGUCCAUAUGCGAAAGGUGCUACUGGUAACGUAGCCACGGAGGAUGUGCUAUACAUGCUUAAUGGGUUAGGGAUAAAUACGGGAGUGAAUCUUUACAAGGUGAUGGAAGCUGGUAACUUCAUCUGCACGGCUUUGAACAAGAAAACAAAUUCUAAAGUUGCACAAGCUUCCUUCAGUGUUUGAACUGUAAAUUAAAAUGUUCUUUCUGCAAUACACAUUGUCAAAGAGCAUUUACAUAAAGAAAAUCAAUUGCAAAACCUUUUCAGUCGAGAAAAAAAGAAAGCAUGCUAUAGCUGUUCUUUAUGGAAAGAGUAACUGUGUGUUAGGAUAAUACAUCUUGCCAAAUGUUAUUUUGGGGAAAUAAUACAGCAUUGCAAAUAAUAAAUAUCAUGUCUAUCAAUACAAAUUCAUGUACUUGAUAGUUUUAAAAGUAAGCAAAUCAGCAACUUACUGUCUAUUUAAAUGGCCUUUUAGCUUGCUUUAGAAAAAAUUCAUUACAGAGUUCCACAAAAAGUGAAUACAUUGGUAAUUCUUAAUCAAGCUGACUUUUAGUACAGUACAAAUAUUUGAAGUAGUUUAUGAGAUCCCACAUUGUGUGUGGCCUGGCUAUUAUGUGUUUUAUUUCUCUGAAUCUCCACUUUUCAUUUGCCAAGUCAAUUAUGUUAUGAACGUGGAGCCCAAUCUGAAUUUACUGUAAGUAGUUUCUAGCCAUAGCACUUUUGUAUUUUUACAAUGGUUAACAUCUGUUAAAUAUAUGAAUGACUUUAUCUUGUUCCAAGAGUUUGUGAUGAAUAGCAGCCUGCCAUAUCCUGCAAAUCUAGUGCAACCUCUCUUAUUUGUUACAUACAUUAAAUUCACUGUAGUUGCCUUUUUCAUCAGCUGUUUUAAAAACCUGAUUAAUUAUAUCAAACAAUGAAAAGAAGACAGGAUAUACUCUUUAGUGUAGCACACUGGGGGUAAUUAGAUUUUUGUGCAAAAGCCUCAUGCACCAGUUGACAUUUUAUUUUAUGAUCCCCAGAUUAUCAUUCUCACUCAUUAUCACAGAACCUGUCUUUCUGGGGAUGUUGACACCUAUGACUGACUAGUUUACACAGAGUGAGCCAUCCACAGCCUCCCUCUAAGCUUUUGUGAAUUUGGUACUGUACCUGUAAAUGUCUGAGUGCAACAAAAUGCCAGUAAACUGCACCAUCAUCGGUAAAUCAGCAAUGGACAAUUUAAAAUAACUGUCUCAUUGUUUCUGUAACCUGUUCAAAUCAUCCAUGAAACUACUGUAAUCUUCUUGCCUGAAACAUCAGUUCUUUUACUGUGUCUGUCUACACAGCCUUCUUCAGUCUCUGUAUCUUCAUUAUGUAUCUGCUCUUGAUCUGAAUUUUGUUAGAAAGCAAGCUCUUAACACAAAACCCAAAAACCUGGGCUAUGAUUUUUUCCCCAUUGAUAUAUACUCAGCUCUUCUCAGAAACAUGAAAAUUUGGAGAAGGAUGAGAUUUUAAAAAAGUGAAAGAUUUACAUGAAAAGAAAGAAGAAGGUAGGCUCACAGUUGUCUGCAGCCCAACUCUGUCAGACUACAGCACUCUUACUUGUGCCAUUAUCGCAUGUUCUGGGGUUGUGCCAUGGUCUGAACCAACUUGAUUAUGAGACAUCCAGGUUGUCGGCUGAUGUCACAUAUGGUUGGAGUUUGGUGGCUACUACUCUCCAAAUUAUUUUGCCCAGGAAUGUGGGGGUUGGAGACAGGAUAGUCAUUGGAGAGGUCUUCUUUGGAGAGGUCUUUCUGGCAAGUGUUGGCUUCCUGAGGACUGGGUGAACUAUUACUUUUUUUCCAGGAGUUUGGUAGCUGUGCUUCUCUGAAGCAGGCAUAGAUUAUUUCCAUUAGUAGUUCACGUAGUUCUUCUUCACUAUCUUUUACCAGCCUGGAGUCUCCUGGAUCCAUUCCACAGACUGUGGCUUUAAUAUUUUUCAGGGCUACCCUGCUUUGGCAUCAGAUACAGUUCAGUCUUUACAGGUGGCUGGAAAUUGGCCUUGAGUUGGCACAUUUAUAUGUUAGUUUAAAAUCUAACCAGACAUCAUUGAAAAUAAGAUUCAGGAAGGAGCCGUAAUAUGAGUGCUCAAUCCAAGGGUUGCAAAACCAACACCACCACCCCACCCCCAACACAUAGGCUCAUGAGCAGGUCUGGGGGUGGUUGUGAUCAUCUUUCCUUACUUUAUUGCUAGAUGGAAGAGGUUGAUAACAUUUGCUCACCAUUGUAAUAUGGGAUCAUGGAAUGCAGCUUGAGAAUCACUGAGGUAGAAUUACUACUAUUUUGCUCCAUGCUAUAGAAAUGAACCACUUCUACGGCAAAGGGAUAGCUUAUGUAAGAUACGACUGUUUUCUCAGAGGGUUAUUUUAAGGGGAGGGAGUGUGGCCUAGUGAUCAGAUCUGUGGUCUGGGCGCUAGGAUUCUGUUCCCAGCUGGAUCACUGGCUCACUGUGUGACUUACCAGGUUGCUCACCUAGUGCUGUGAGGUUUUCAUUAAUUAAUAUUUGUAAAGCCAGUUGGAAUGUUCAGAGCACAGAAUUAAAAAAAGUAUCCAAUCUGAGAACUGUCCC